GUUAUGAUGAUAUUAGUUUGACUUCCUGCUGCGUGACUUGACUCGACUCACGCGCUGUAACUUAAAAGUUUUCGUCUGCCGCGGCACUCCAAGUACCAGAAGUUAUUAUGAUUAUGAGACAUAUGCAGCUCACACCAAACGUCUGGGCCGUUGGCGGCAGUGGCCUUCGAUGACCGGGUGAUAAAUGGGCUUCAAGGAAAAUAGCUCGCACGGCCUCCACAAGCGAUGGGUGGAGCGCAAGUUGGAGCUGGAGGUUGGCAAGGUGCAGGCCAAGCUGAUGUCCAAAGGCAUUGCAAUACCUGACCCAAAGCCAGACGAUGUGGAAGCCAGCACGCGCCUGGCGGUGGCGCACCUGCCAAAGCUGCACGUCGACAUGUACGGCCGGAACCCUAACGGCACGCACAAGGCCUCUCCGGAGCGGCUGCAGCGCGGCAGCGCCGCCUCCAAGCAGCAGCAGUCCGUGGUGGAGCGAUUGGAACGGAUGAUGAACCCGGGGGUGAUGGGCGGGUUACCCGACGAGCUGGCGGCAGCCUAUGGUUUGCCACGCUCACCACGCUGUGAGGUUCCCGAGUUAAGCCCCAAUGGCGCAGCCCACGGCUGGCGGCGCGGCAGCGGGACGGUGACAGUAGCAGCGGGGGCUGGCGGGCUGCCACCCGGGUCGCCGAGCCACCCACGAGGUGGCGUGCAAACCUCACUGGGGUCGCCACGACUCUCCUCGCCACGCUCCGGCUCUCCAGGCGCCACGGGGUCUCUGGGUGCGCAUGGGCACAGCUACAGCAACCCAAUCAGCGCCGCCGCGGCUUCUGCGGCCCUAGCUAGGCAUGGCAAGGCGGCAGCGGGCCACGGCGGCGGCGGCGCAGGGCCGCAUCCUGCGGUGACCUCCCAUAGCGGGGCAGUUGCAGGCGCCGCGGCUGAUGCUGCAGGGGAGGUGGGGGCGGAGGCGCCGGAACCGCCUAGCCCCGUGCCGGUGCAGCUGCGGCCUGACUUGGAGGGGGCGGACGCGCGCAUUGAGGGCGCCAUGUUGGAGGUGGAGCGAGUGACGUUGCCGGCCAACGAGAUGGGCAUCCGGGAGCGCGUCAUCCACCUGGCACGCCAGGUUAACCCUAAUUUUGAGCUGCAGCCGCCGCGCAACCGCGCCAGGCUGGCUGGCGGCGACUACGGCCGCAGCCGCCGCGACCUGAGCCUGUGGCGGCGCAGCAGCAGGCAUCUGGGCGGGGCGGCGGGCGGCACCAGCUUUCGCGAGCAGGAUGCGAGUGGUGGCGGGACGUCUCGGAGUCAGGGCGGCGCCGCGUCACGACGGGAGCAGCCCUUGCCGCAGCUGAGUGGGCAAGGGACCGAUCGUGCCAAGUCGAUCGGACGGGCGCGGUCGAAUGGGAGAGGCGGGCCAAGCGCACCGCAGUCACAUCGGAGCAUAGUUGCCAGCGCCGGUGGCGGCGGCGGUGGGGCGGGAGCCGGCAAUGAGAUCUUGCCGCCGCUGAGCCCAGUCUCUGCCAGCCGACUGGCGGUGUCGCAUUCUUAUACCAGUGAGCUGCCCGGCGUCAGCUCCUCGACCUCGCUCCCAAAGCUGGGGGCCCGGUCCUCGGGAGGCGAGGGAGGCGACGCGGAUUUGCUGGGCGCCAAUUUCCCCGAGGACACGGCAAACACGCUGAUUGAGCUGUGGGAAGGGUCGCUCGAAGCGCAAGCGGUGGAGGCAGCGGCACGCGCAGCGGCGGAGGAGGCGGAGCCGUGCGAGUCUGAGGGGGAGGGCGAGGAGCUGGGUGGGCAGGGGUAGGGGCGGGUCCUGGUGGGGGCACUACUGCUGCACGCGAAGCGGCAGCCGACGCAUGGCCACAAGUACCCGGGUGACAAGAGACAUGGCGCUGCGUUGGUUGAAGCCAUGCUUGUGAUACAUAUACCGGUGAUGGCAGGGGUGAUGGUCAGAUGGUGGUGUGGCUCUCGUCUGUGAAUCUGUGAUAGCACUAUUAAUGACACAUGGUGCAUGCCAUGCUUGUCCAGUAGAGGCUGAACUGCAUGACAUCGGGGCGAGUGCAUUUUGACGCCGGAAGCGUAACACAGCAGUGAUGCGUGCUUGCAGCUAACAGUUUUAAUUCUUAGGUAGGACUACAAGACUCUGCCACCGUAAAGUGCACGUGCAAUUCGCACGCAAGCUACGGCCAGCCCUCGCAUGGGGGCCCCAAAGCAGGGGCGUUCCUACUGGAGGCAAUCCUUCUCCUGGCCUGGGAACCGCGGGUGGCCAUGCAUGUGGCUUCACCAGCUUAUCGGUCUCACCCUGCUCUCACCCCAAAAGCCCAACUGUGUUGCCCGCCUGCCAUUUCUAUAACCCUAUGG